AUGUCUUCAUUCAACCCACUUACCUCAAUUUUGAACCAAAACAAGUUAGAAGGACCGAAUUAUGUUGACUGGAAAAGGAACCUUGAUAUUGUCCUAACUGCUGAAGGUUACAAAUUUGUAAUCACUGAGGAGUUCCCAGAAAAACUUGAAAAUGCUACUGAUGAUAAGGUUAAGGCCUAUGACAAAUGGGUUAAGGCUGAUGAGAUGGCGCGAUGUUACAUUCUUGCCUCUAUGGCGAAUGUUUUGCAACAUCAGCAUCAGUCUAUGGGGUCUGCUUAUGAUAUGCUCGAAAGUCUCAAAGAGAUGUUCGGUGAGCAAAAUCGUGCAGCUAAGCAGACAGUCAUGAAAGCCCUUUUGAACACUAAGAUAGCUGAAGGAUCAUCGGCCAGGGACCAUACUCUGCCUGACAGUUUUCAACAGUUUCGCUUGAACUAUAAUAUGAACAAAAUGGAUUUGUCACUAGCGAACUUGUUGAAUGAGCUGCAAGAGGCAGAAUCUAUUAUCAAACACCAAGCUCCAGUUGUGGCACUCAAUGUUGAGAAAGCUUCGGUUUCUAAGUCGAAAGGCAAUAAGAAAAAGAAGAAGGCUCAAAAGGUUUUAGCACCUGGUGGUGCGGCUGGUGUGAAAAAGCCCAAAGGCAAAUUGUUAGUUUGUAUGGAUCCACCAAAUCGUAGAGUACCUGUUCCUCUACAAGGUUCAACUGAGAGUACUUAA